UGAAUGUGCGAUCUUGAGCGGCAAAUACGUCACAGAGGAGGACCGUUAAAAGAAAUAAACUUCUUCAGAUUCAGUUUAGUGUCUUCCUGUCGCUCAAACAGCGGAAACCGGUAUUUAAAUAUAUUCGCGCCGUAGAAAUUGUAUUUUAUAAACGCGCUUUUUGGUGAUUUUGGUUUUGGUUGGAGUUUUUUUGAGAUACCAUUAUUAAAUAAAUUGAUUGUACAAUACCGCUACUCCACCCGAACUUACAAUGCACUCCUCCAGAAUUUUCUAUUUUCUAACCACCCUCAUCACUCUAACCCUAGCCGAUGGGCCCAGGCAUGGAAAAAGGGGCUACAUUCACCCCCACGGACCCUUGCUCACGUUGCCCCACGUAUCGGCCAGCGCUGGGGUGCUGGUUGGACCCCAUCCUCCACACCCACACCCUAUACACGGUGGGAUAGGUUUCGGGGGGGAGCAUGUGAGGUUCGACCUGCACACUAUGCAGCAACCGAACUAUAUACAGAACGAGUUCAAAAAACUGGUCCCCGUCAGUUUGGAGAACUUGAUUGAGGAGGAAUGGAAAGCGUUUAAGUUAACGUACGGCAAAUCCUACCCAACCGAUGAAGUCGAACGCUUCCGCAGAGAGGUGUUCAUCGAAAACCGAGCCAAAAUCGCCAGGUUCAACCAGGAAUACAGCAAGGGCAAAACCAACUACGUCCAACAGCUCAAUCCCUACGGAGACCUGUUGAACCACGAGUUCAACCAGCUGCUCAACGGGUUCAGACAGACCACGGCGAACGCCACUGGCGCGGAAAUUCCUGCCCCCACCACUUUCAUUCCUAGUGCUAACGUUGCCAUACCUAACGGCGUAGAUUGGCGACAGGUGGGAGCGGUGACAGGUGUCAAAUCUCAGGGGGCGUGUCAAAGUUGUUGGGCAUUCGCUGCGGCUGGUGCCCUGGAAGCUGCCUGGUUCCGCAAAACAGGCCAACUGGUUGAUGUAAGCGAGCAGAACCUAGUGGACUGUACCACAGAAUACGACAACGAUGGGUGCCAAGGAGGAUUGAUUGAUCCAGCUUUCCAGUAUAUCAGAGCGAACAAUGGUGUUGAUGGGGAAGAGGUGUAUCCAUAUGAAGGGCAAGAUGGUCAGUGUCGCUUCAAGAGGGACGGCGUUGUAGCUCAGUGUACUGGUUACGUAAACAUUGCCGAAGGUGACGAAAAAGGCAUGGAAAUAGCCGUGUCCACCCAGGGACCCAUUGCAGUAGCCAUCGAUGCCAGCAGGGAAGGGUUCCAGUUCUACUCAGACGGCAUCUACUACGAUCCCGAAUGUGGCAACGGACAAGACGACGUAAACCACGCGGUUCUCAUAGUGGGUUACGGGCAAGAACCCAACGGCCAAAAGUACUGGAUGGUCAAGAAUUCGUACGGGGCCCAGUGGGGUAUCGGGGGGUACAUCAAGAUGGCGAAGGAGGCUAAUAAUCAUUGCGGUAUAGCCAAUCAGGCUACAUAUCCUUUAGUCUAAUCAAGAUUGAAAGACAAAUAUCUAAUAAUAUCCAGUAGAUUCAUUCAGAAUAACACAGAGAAAGACUAGAAACACAGGGUCUUAUCGUAUAUAGUGUGCUAGGGAGUAUUUCACAAAAAUAUGUUCACUUGAACAACGUAUCUCAAAAAACUGUGAGUGAGUAAGAGUGUAAGAGUGAUAUUUUUAAUUGAACACAUCGUAUAUUAUUGCAGUUUUGGUUUCCUUUUUGAUCGUUUUACGUAAUCCUAGGUUUUACCAUUGCAUUUGUUUCAAUAGUCACAGAAAGAGAAAUAAGUAAAUAAAAAAGAAUACUGAAGCAUUUUUUUAAAAGCAUAAAAAAUACAAGAAUCAUCCCAAAAUGAAAAACUAUGCUACAUAUUUACUACAAUAAUUGGUCUGUACUUGCUUUAUCAUGAUACAAUUCUUUAUUAUAAAUAUCGUAAUCUUUAAUAUGUCAAAAUUGUUCAAAUAUAGAACUUAUUUUUUUUUAAUUGAA